CUCUAUUGGUUUGGUUGAGUCCAGUGAGAGUAAAGUCAUGGAAGUUGAACUUCGCUAUGGUGAUACCUCAACACAAUCAAUUGAGAGAUAUUGUGGAUCCGUUGAUGGAGGGUCUAGAGAGAAUGAUGUUACCAAGCAAGGCACACAAACUGUACAACCAUCUGAUAAAGUGCAGCUUAAUGAAAAUUCUGUUAUGGUACCAUAUUGCAGUGAACUUUAUACCGUCUCUUGUGAAGAAUCAAAAGACAGUUCUUUCAAGAAAGACUCUAAUGAAGCCUUUGCUUCAAAACUGGGGUUGAAGAAGAAGGAAGAUGAGCAAAAUGCAACCUGUUAUGAUGAUUUUAAUGCAGAAUUGGAUCAACAAAGAGGAAAAGGUUCCAAAUCAUAUCUUGCUGAAAACCCUGAUACACCAGACCAAGAAUCCUCUGAGUCUGACUGGGAGAUUGUUUAGAUUAAUUACCAUUAUGUCUGCAGAUGAAUGGGUAGUUC